CUCUGAAAUAUCGCGUCAUUGGCACGACUGUAUCUUUCUAUCAAUGACGUGGACUUUCAUUGUAAGAAUUUACUGCAGCCUCGCUACUUAUACACAAUAUAUUUGUCUGCGAUUUAAUCUCAUUCUACGACUAUUUUGACAAUUGUCUAUAAAGUAGCCAUUCUUGUAGUAUUUAUUAGUAGGAAUAGAAGGUCUGAGACGUUUGAAAAAGGUGGUGAUUUCUCAGUGAAACAGCCCCCCACCCAAAACUCAGGAUGAGUAAAAACAAGGUGUUGAAUCUGAAGGACAAAAUCGAUGGCAACGAGAUGGAUCUGAGCCUCUGUAACCUCACUGAAAUUCCUGUUAAAGAACUGGCUGCCUUCCCGAAAGUUACAGUCCUGGAUCUGUCCUGCAACAACAUCACCUCCCUGCCUCUGGAGUUCUGCAGCCUGAGCCACCUGGUCAAGGUGGACCUCAGUAAGAACCAGCUGACUGUUCUACCUGAUGAUCUGGGUCGCCUUGGCAACCUGCAACACCUGGAUCUGUACAACAACAAGCUGACCAUUCUGCCGGUCAGCUUCUCACAGCUCAAGAACCUGAAGUGGCUGGAUCUGAAGGACAACCCUCUGGAAAUCAACCUGGCCAAGGCUGCAGGAGACUGUCUGGAUGAGAAACAGUGUAAACAAUGUGCUGCCAGGGUUCUCCAGCACAUGAGGAUCCUUCAGGAAGAGGUAGACAAAGAGAGGGAGCGGCGCCUCCUAAAGAACAAAGGCUUCCAUUUCUUCUCCCCGGACCUCAUCAAUGUCCAUAUCUUGAACGUCAGACUGAGGCUUCAUCUUCUCUGUCACUUUCCAACUUUGUUGAGGAUGGCUCGUUGUCAGGCUCAAAAGCCAAAUAUUUGCCCAGAUGGCCACCAAUUUUCAACCCUUGUAUUGUUCAGCCUGUUGCGUGCUUUGGUGUGUGUGUUCCCAAACAAGGACCAGUUGCGCACUGAGGCGGCCGAUGUUGGUGGGAUUUGGAGGAUGAUGGAGGCAACAGGGGAAAGAGCCUCUGAUCCACAAAGUCCCUUCCACCAGGUGGCUGAUGAGAUAUGUUGGCACGACUGCCAUAUUGCAUCUCCAUCCCAAAGCCCUUGCUUGGAAGUGUACUUCGUCAGACUGCCAAGAACAUUGCCCUUAUCCAGGCCAAGGUGGUGAGACACGGUAGUGAUGACACCAUAGGCCUUGUUGAUCUCUGCACCAGACAGGAUGCUCUUGCAAGCGUACUUGGGGUCCAACAUGUACGCUGAGGCGUGUAUGGGCUUCAGGCAGAAGUCGUCACGCUUUUUGAUAUAUUUCAGAACUGCAGUUUCCUCUGCUUGGAGCAACAGUGAAGUGGGUAGGGCAGUACGGAUCUCUUUUAUAUCUGCCAGCAGAGUCUGAACAUCAGACAGGGUGGCAUUGUCUCCCUCAAUCCGUGCAAUGGCUACUGCUAUAGGUUUCAGGCUAAUUACCACUCUCCAAAAAUACAUCAUCCAGGAGGAUCCUCUUGAUGGGGCUGUCCAUAUCGGCAGACAUGGCCAUUUCUUGGAGAGACUUCUUCCCCUCCAGGAGACUCAAGCAUGAUGACAACACCACCCCAAUGGGUGUUGCUGGGCAGCUUCAAUGUAGUGCUCUUAUUCUUCUCACUUUGCUUGGUGAGGUAGAUUGCUGCUAUAACUUGAUGACCCUUCACCUACCUAACCAUUUCCUUGGCUCUCUUGUAGAGUGUAUCCAUUGUUUUCAGUGCCAUGACGUCCUUGAGGAGCAGAUUCAAUGCAUGAGCAGCACAGCCAAUGGGUGUGAUGUGAGGGUAAGACUCCUCCACUUUAGACCAAGCAGCCUUCAUGUUCGCAGCAUUGUCUGUCACCAGUGCAAAUACCUUCUGUGGUCCAAGGUCAUUGAUGACUGCCUUCAGCUCAUCUGUAAUGUAGAGACUGGUGUGUCUGUUGUCCCUUGUGGCUGUGCUCUUGUAGAAUACUGGUUGAGGGGUGGAGAUGAUGUAGUUAAUUAUUCCUUGCCCACAAACAUUCGACCACCCAUCAGAGAUGAUUGCAAUACAGUCUGCUUUCUCUAUGAUUUGCUUGACCUUCACUUGAACUCUGCAUCCAGCAAAUGAGUAGAUAAAGCAUGUCUGGUUGGUGGGGUGUAUGCUGGGUGAAGAACAUUCAGAAAUCUCUUCCAAUACACAUUGUCUGUGAGCAUCAGAGGUGAACCAGUUGCAUACACAGCUCGAGCAAGACAUUCAUCAGCAUUUCUUUGACUACGUUCCUCCAUGUAGUUAAAAAUACUUCUGAUUCCAGGAGGACCAUGAGCUGUUGCUAUCAAUAAGGUGUCUGAUUCAUAAUUUUCACCUUGAAUAGAAGUAGAGAAACUUUUGUCAGCGGUUGCUUGUUGUGAGCGCUGAGGGACCUUUAUGCACUUGGCCAGAUGAUUCUGUAUCUUUGUUGCAUUCUUCACAUAAGAUUUGGCACAGUAUUUGCAAAUGUACACAGCUUUUCCUUCUACAUUAGCUGCAGUGAAAUGUCUCCACACAUCAGAUAGUGCCCGUGGCAUUUUUCUGUUGUGCCUUCUUCACCACACUGUGCGGGUGGACCAUUUCAAAUAGUCAGUGAUUGGUACGCAGAGGAACUUGAAACUUUUCACCUUCUCCACUGCGUCCCCGUCGAUGUGGAUAGGGGAAUGCUACCUUUGCUGUCUCCUGAAGUCCACGAUCUGCUCUUUUGUUUUUGUGGAUGUUGAGGGAGAGGUUAUUUUCCUGGCACCACUCCGUCAGGGCCCUCACCUCCUCCCUGUGGGCUAUCUUGUGGUUGUUGGUAAUCAGGCCUACCACUGUUGUGUCGUCUGCAGACUUGAUGAUUGAGUUGGAGGCGUGCGUGGCUACGUAGUCAUGGGUGAACAGGGAGUACAGGAGGGGGCUGAGCAUGCACCCAUGUGGGGCCCCUGUGUUGAGGAUCAGGGUGGUGCAGGUGUUGUUUCCUACCUUCAGCACCUUGGGGCGGCCUGUCAGGAAGUCCAGGAAGUCCAGGACCCAGUUCCACAGGACGGGGUCAGACCCAGGGCACCAAGCUUAAUGAUGAGCUUGGAGGGUACUAUGGUGUUGAAGGCUGAGCUAUAGUCAAUGAACAGCAUUCUUGCAGUGCGAUGGCGAUUGCAUCAUCCGUGGCUCUAUCGGGGCGGUAUACAAAUUACAGUGGGUCUAGGGCAGGUAUUCCCAAACUAGCCUUGUUUCACGCAAUGCCAUCGGCGAUACGCCAAAUACAACUGUGAUUCACAUUCUUCACAUUUUCAAACAGUACAUUUAUAUUUUCCAAUGGGGCUAUACAUUUGGGUGAGUUUUUUUCUCUCGCCUGAGUAGCCUCGUUUCACUGCCAAAAAUAAAAUUAAAACAUCUAGUGUUCAGCGAAAUAACAACACAAUGUCAAAUAAAGGUAGCCUAGUCAAAUAAUUAACAUCCAAUCACAUUAACUGUUACUCUCUCGCGGGAAACCUUCACUCGUGUGCAGACAUUUAGAAACAAAACAUAACUAUUUGAAAAAUAAGCCACGGGAGUUUUUGGAGCGAGAAUAAAGACGACUUUCGAGUAGUAAGACGUGUAAAAGCAACAGAUACCAUUAAUAAGAAGGGACUAGAAGCCUCUUAUAUGGUGAGUUACCGAGUGGCUAGAACAGGCAAGCCCCAUACUAUUGUAGAGGACUUAAUUCUUCCUGCUCCUGCGGAUAUGGCCGGGACAAUGCUGGGGGAAAAGGCCCCAAAAACUAUACAAUGUCUUCAUCAAACACUGUUUCACGACACAUCAGUGACAUGGCAGGAGAUGUUUUGAAACAAUUAUUGCUUCGCAUACAAGCCAGUGAAUUAUAUGCAUUACAGCUGGAUGAGUCAACAGACAUGGGGGGCCUGGCACAGCUCCUGGUAUAUGUCCUUUACAUUUAUGGGGGGUCAAUUAGGAAAGACAUUCUCUUCUGCAAAUGACUGGAAACCAGGACAACAUGAGAGGAUAUUUUUUAAGUACUGGACAGCUUUGUGACAUCAAAUGAACUUUGGUGGUCAGGAUGUGUUGGUAUCUGUACUGAUGGCGCAAAAGCCAUGACAGGGAGACAUAGUGGAGUGGUAACGCGUGUGCAAGCAGUUGCUACCGACGCCAUGAGAGGCUCUUGCUGCCAAGGGAAUGCCUGACAGCUUGAAAGACGUUUUGGACACUACAGUGAAAAUGGUUAACUUUGUUAAAGCAAGGCCACUGAACUCUUGUGUAUUUUCUGCAUUAUGCAAUGAUAUGGGCAGCGACCAUGUAAUGCUUUUACAACAUACAGAAGUGCGCUGGUUAUCAAGGGGCAAAGUAUUGACACGCUUUUUUGAAUUGAGAGACGUGCUUAAAGUUUACUUUACUGACCAUAAUUUUCACUUGUCUGACCGCUUGCAUGAUGAGUUUCUCACACGACUUGCCUAUCUGAGUGACAUUUUUUAUCACCUGAAUGAUCUGAAUCUAGGAUUACAGGGACUCUCCGCAACUAUAUUCAAUGUGCGGGACAAAAUUGAGGCUAUGAUUAAGAAGUUGGAGCUCUUCUCUGUCUGCAUUAACAAGGACAACACACAGGGCUUUCCAUCAUCGUAUGAUUUUUUUUGUGUGCAAAUGAACUCAAGCUUACAAACAACGUCAAAUGGGAUAUAGCGAAGCACCUGAGUGAGUUGGGUGCGCAAUUACGCAGGUACUUUCCCAAAACGGACGACACAAACAACUGGAUUCGUUAUCCCUUUCAUGCCCUGCCACCAGUCCACUUACCGAUAUCUGAACAAGAGAGCCUCAUCGAAAUUGCAACAGGCAGUUCUGUGAAAAUUUAAUUUAAUCAGAAGCCACUGCCAGAUUUCUGGAUAGGGCUGCACUCAGAGUGUCCUGCCUUGGCAAAUCGUGCUGUGAAGACACUGAUGCCCUUUGCAACCACGUACCUAUGUGAGAGUAGAUUCGUGGCCCUCACUAGCAUGAAAACUAAAUACAGGCACAUACUGUGGAAAAUGAUUUAAGACUGAGACUCUCUCCAAUACAACACAACAUUGCAGAGUUAUGUGCAUCCUUUCAAGCACACCCUUCUCAUUAACCUGUGGUGAGUUAUUCCAUUUGUUUUAUGAACAAAAUAAGGUUUUAUAUGUAAGAUGGCUAACUAAAGAGCUAAAUUAUUGAUUAUUAUAUUAUUAUUUGUGCCCUUGUCCUAUAAGAGCUCUUUGUCACUUCCCAUAAGUCGGGUUGUGACCCAAAAUCUCACUCAUUCUUAUAUUUAAUAUAUGUAUCGUAUAGUGUGUGUGUGGCAGGCUUACAAUGAUGGCAAAAAACACCAUUUGAGAGUGCGCUGACCCUGGUGCUAGAGGGGGUACGCAGCUGGAGGUUGAAUGUUUGAAGAUGUACGGGACUAAAAAAAAUUUGGGAACCACUGGUCUAGGGUGUCAAGUAAGGUGAUAUGAUCCUUAACUAGCUUCUCAAAGCACUUCAUGAUGACAGAAGUGAGUGCUACCGGUCGAUAGUCAUUUCAUUCAGUUACCUUUUGCGUUCUUGGGUACAGGAACAAUAGUGGACAUCUUGAAUCAAGUGGGGAAGGCAGACUGGGAUGGGGAGAGAUUGAAUAUGUCCGUAAACACUCCAGCCAGCUGGUCUGUGCAUGCUCUGAGGACGCGGCUAGGGAUGCUGUCUGGGCCGGCAGUCUUGCGGGGGUUAUCACGUGGUUAACAUGUCUUACUCACGUCAGCCACGGAGGAGAGCCUACAGACCUCGGGAGUGUCCAGCGUUGGUGGCACUGUAUUAUCCUCAAAGCGGGCGAAGAAGGUGUUUAGCUUGUCCAAGGGCAAGACGUCGGUGUCCGCGACGCUGCUGGUAUUCCCUCUGUAAUCCGUGAUUGUCUGGAGUCCCUGCUGCAUACGUCUCACUAUGGGUUCACUCGUGAUAUUUCAUACUGUUUUAACAUUGUUAGCUCAGAGCAGCUGAUAGUAAUAUCUAGCUUGCCAUGAUUAUAGCUAGGAAUUUGAUUAAAUUCAAUAAACAUUAUUAUUCCCCACUGGGCAAUCAUUGAACGAGACAACAAACAUGUUAAUGGAAGCCGCAGGAGAGUGUACAAAACAUUAAGAACACAGAGUGAACAUAUCAAAAUGUAUGUUCAUCUUUUUUCAUGG